AUGGCAUGUUCAAAAUUAUUUUCAGGAGAUUUACCUCACGAGUUAUUAAACGAAGUUAUACAAAAUUUUCAUUAUGAUUAUAAAACAUUACAUUCGUGUAUAUUGGUUAAUAGAUUAUGGUGUCGUUUAGUAAUUCCAUUAUUAUGGGAAGACCCAUUUUCAAAGGAUUAUCCCAAAAAUUACCAAUUCAUUGAAAUUUACUUUUCUAAAUUAAAUGAAGAUGACAAAACAAAAUUUAAUGAAUAUGGAAUUAAAUUUGAUUUAUUACAUUCAAAUACGUUAUUCAAUUAUCCUAGUUUUAUUAAAUACUUGGAUACAAAUAAAAUUCGUCAUUCUAUUGAAAAUUGGGCUGUUGGGGCAACAACAACUUCACGUUUACAAGUGUCAGACUUCACAAAAUUAAUUUUUAGGUUAUUAUUUGUAAAAUUCAUUGAAAAUGAAGUAAAUUUGCAUAGUUUUAAAGUUAGGCCAUGUGCAUGUUUUAAUGAAAUUUUAGGAUUAAUACAACAAAAUCCAAAAUUCAUUUGUAAUAUUACAAAUUUUAAACUAGAUUGGAGUAAUUCAUUUGAUGACAUAAGAGAAAUUUUAAGAAUCCUCUGUUCUAAUUGUUAUUCAAUUUCAUCACUUUAUUUUUUUCCAUUUCCAGAAUAUGCUAAGAAUGAAAAAAGUUUAUCGCAAUUAAUCAAAUCUCAAAAAAAUCUUCAGAAGAUUUUAUUUAGUUAUAAUCAUGAAUACACAUUGUAUCAUCCGUUAUUAUCAUUACAAAAUUCUAAUUGUUCAAAUACGUUAAAUACAAUUAUUUUUUAUCUUGUUGAUUUUAAAAAUAUAGUUGUUUUAAGUGAAGUAUUUAAUCAGUUGAAUGUUUUAGAAUCAAUUCAUAUCGUUUAUUGUUAUUCCAUGUAUUCUAAUUUUAUUCAUCAAAUUAAUAAUAUUACAAAACCAUUUAAAUUGAAAACUUUAUUUUUGAAUGAAAUCAUCUAUGAAUCGUUGGAACUGUUAUUACAAAAGUCUGGCAAUUAUUUAGAAAAUUUAAAUUUUAGAUACACUAAACCACGACAAUUCCAAAAAUUACUACGAUUACUUAUAAAAUAUUGUAGUAAUAUUAGUAAUAUUAAAUAUAUUGAUUCUAUUUGUGUAUAUAGUCAGAAUAAUUGUUAUUUACUACUACUUAAUUUAAUUAAAAAUAUUACACAAAAACUUAAUUAUCUUACAAUUACCGUAUCUAAUUCAAUUUUAUUGAAAAAUUUAGGACAAAUUCUUCCUUUUAAAUUAGAAUAUUUGGAUCUGAGCCUUUUAAGUGAUUUAGUUAAUGCAAGUGAUUUGGAAAUAUUCUUGAAAAAGUCUCAAAAUACUUUUAUUAAAAAAUUGUUAAUCAGUACUGAUAUAGGGAGAAAAGAUGAUGAUAUUUUACCUUAUAUAGAAGAACAUAUUAUGAAAACGAAAAGAGUUAAAUAUUUAGCUUUAGAAGUUUGUCGUGAGGAUUUGUUUUUUCAGACGGACAAAGUAAAGGAAUUUGCAUUACAUAAUAUUUGUGUUUUUAAGUAUAAUGAUUUGAAAUUUGAUAUAAUUAAUUUUCUAGAAGAAAUUCAUUAA